GUUUGCAUUCUUUUGGCCUCACUCGUCUUCCGUACCCAGCUGCUGUUUGUUGACAAGUCUCCUGUGUUUGUCUGUGACUCGUCUGUGACUCGUCUGUGAAUCGCUCAGCGGCACAAUGACACAAACCCGCUCCAUCGAACCUCGGCCUCUUCGCACAGCUUCACAGAAACAGCGGCUCGGGAUGAAGGUCGAUUCCUAACGAGGGACCCAGAAGCGGCUGUUAGCCCGUGCAGCCCCGGAGCUAGUUAGCUAACAGGCUACGUUAGCCGAUGGUAAACAAUGGAGGGGAUCCUGCACAAAUGGACGAACUACAUGACGGGCUGGCAGCCCCGCUGGUUCGUCCUGGAGAACGGAGUCAUCUCCUACUACGACAGCGAGGACGACGUUGGUAAAGGAAGCAAAGGAUCCAUCAAGAUGUCCAUGUGUGAGAUUAAAGUUCAUUCAACAGACUCCACACGUCUGGAGUUGAUCAUCCCCGGCGAGCAGCAUUUCUACGUCAGAGCGGUGAAUGCUGCAGAGAGACAAAGAUGGCUGGUGGCGUUGGGUUCGUCUAAAGCUGGAACACUGGACACUCACAAACACAGAGGUCCCGACUGUCUGAAGACGAAGAUGUCUGAACUUCGUCUGUACUGCGACCUGCUCGUCCAGCAAGUCCAGACCAUCCAAUCACAGCACAGCACUGACACAGAGCCAACAGACACUUCUGAGGCGUCUCUCCUCAGUGCGACCUGUGCUACGUUCAUCAGGACCUUGGAGGAGUGUAUGACUCUGGCCAACCAGAGUUUGAUGCCUGACCUCCGACCUCCUGAAAAGAUGAAGAGGUCGGUCAGUCACCCUGGAACUUACAGCUUCGACAGGUCAGGUGUGCUGAAGGAGUACGUGAGUGGAGGUCAAAGGUCAACGCAGCGCAGGAACCGGACGUGCUCCGACAGCUCUGUUUACGAUACUGAGCGUUUUCUGUCGAGUCCUAACGGCGACCCGUCCUCCAUUCCCGAGGAGAGAGGAGGCAGCACGAGCCCGAAGAACACAGCCACCGACACAGACACUGACUUGUCCAUCUGAAAACCUGACGUCCACCAGAACCCGCUGAGCUCUGGACUCUGACCAGUUUAACGUCAGUCACGGCGGAGAUAGUGACAGCAUCUCCAUCGAAGUGAGGAUGAACUGGCCUCGAAGGAAAGUUCUUCUUUUGUCACACGUGCACUUUGGAAUCAUGGGUCACUUUUCCCUCAAGCCUUGAAAUUAAACUGAACACACUGGAGAGACUUACAGACGAAUCAACACGUCGCCACAUUCACAGUUCAUAACGACUGUGAAGCUGGAAUCCUGGAAAAAAAAAACUAUGUGAAUCAACAAGUGAAAGAAAAGUGCAGUUAUAUUAUCUGCGGUUAAGCCCAGCAACCAAAUGAUGACUCCCUGGAAGAGUAUAAAUACACGAAUAACUGUGACAUCCUGUUUUCUGGACAGUUUAGAAGCCAGAGUCGGAUGUUUCACAGUUUUUAAAUUGACCCAAGAAUGUACAGAUAGUUUUUAAAUCAGCAACCGUGUCACAGAAGCAUCUUCUUCUACAGUAUUUUCUGCUUUUUCCACAUAUUCCACAAAAACUCCGUCCCCCUUCCUGACAGCUUUGAGGUGGUGAGGUCUGGUGCAACAGAGCGAAGAGAUGAACCAGACAGAUGCACUGAGUCUCUACAGGAUCCUGGAGCAGCUUGGAGACACAGAGCCGAGGAGUUCAGGUCUUCAGAUGCCAACGUUUGCUUAAAUGCAAAGAUCGAUAAACUUUGUUCUAUUCUCCAGAAGACGACCUUCUCCGAGGUUUAGCUGCAAGAACAGAGGUUUGCUCUUCUUCUGGCGUGAGGAGGAAGACCGGACUUUGCUUCAAUCUGCAGCGCCGCUUCCUUUGAGGAGUUUGCACCUUCUCCUGGUUUUUGUUUCUGCUGGGUUGUGUUUUUCUUCCCCCGCGCUGUCAUUGUGAAUGUGUUGCAAGUUACUGCCUUUUCACGUGUGUAUUUCCUCAGUGAUUAUUUAGCCUUGUAGAGAUGAUUCCACCCAAACAUGACCCUGAAGAGAGAGAGAAGUACGGUGGCCCUGGAAGCUCAACUCACUGCAUAUUAAGCAAACGCAUACAAAUAAAACAGAAAAAAUAUUUACUGUAAAAUGACCUUUAUGACUUCAGUUUAUUUCUGAAGCACGUUUCUGUAUCUGGUGGUUUUGUGGGAACUUGUCGCCUUUUUUGUUUUUGUUUGCUCAUUUCUCAAGUGUGCUGAGCUCUCGGGGUCAUUUUGACAAAGUGCUUAACGUAAGUGGAUGAUUGAGUGAAAAGGGAUUCUCAGAUUUCAGAUGAGGCCGUUUGCAGAUUUGUUAUCUUCGUGUGUCGCUUUCUGCCGGGAGCUUUACUUUCCUCUGCCAAAACAAACAACCGUGGAAAGUAUUUCUACAACUGUGACGCUGGAGGAAUCAGUGUCCACAGCUGAAGAGUUGAAGAAACUAUUAUAGGUCAAUCACAUUAUUUACUAAAGCCUUCUAGAUCAAAACAUUAAUGAGAAAAGCUUUGGUGUUGAAAGGCUGUGAAGUAAAUGAAAAUAAUUCCUGAGAGACUUCUCCAAUGGAUUUUUUUGAUCAUAUAUGAUCUGGAAAAAUUCUGCAAAAUCCAGUUAUGAACUUUGUAAAUACAGAUUUGAUGAAUUAUUGUAAUAACACUUUUAUAAUAUAAAUUCUUUACAUUUUCAAGUCCCGAAAAAAUGAUGAGUCCUCUCCAGAUUUGUCUUAGAACUGAUGGAUUUGAAUUUGGAAUGUGGGAGAAAUAUUGUCCAUAUAUUUUAUUUUAACACAAUAUUUAUAACUUUGACUUUUUUUCCAGAGCUGUAUAAUUAUAACCUUUCCAGGAGAGAAGUGGUUGAACAAUUUAAAGAUUCAACAGAACGAGCAGAGGACUUUUUCCACAACCUGGACACUUUUAAAAGUUGUUUAUAUUAGAACUCAUUUCUUCUAAGCGGUGAAAGACGGACAAACAAAGUUGUGUGAAUCUCUGUCCCGAUGAAUCUCCUCCAAAAGUCUUGUGACAUGUUUCACUGUUCAAACACUCGCGAAUGUCGUCAUCUGAACGCAAAGCAAACAGGCGUAAAAGGAACCAAUCAAACACAGAAUCAUUAUGUGGUUACUGCUCAGCUGAACGUUUGAAGGAUCCUGUUUCUGUGUCUCCAGCUCCUUCACCUAUAAAUCCUUACAUGUCAUGUUCUCACGGGACAGUUAACUCCUCCUCGUCUGGGCCAAAACUCAUAUGACGCUUUGUGUAUUUUAUUUACCCUUAAAGACAAAGGUUUGACCACAGCUGUCGUAUCUGAAACCCACGUGAGAAUCAGCAGUUGGUUUCACUUCUGGUGCCAAACACUGAGAAUAAUAAGUUGAAUACAUCAUCGAUAACCUCACAGUAACUUUCCCUCCAUUUACAGUGUGUAGAUGUUGUUUUGCACUUUAAAGUUGAACUCUUUUUUUUUUUUUUAUUUGAAUAUUUUGUCUCUGAAGUUGAUGAAGGUUUUUAAACAAUCCAGAUGUUGAUGUUUUCCCUGAAGUGAUGCGUUUGGAUUUGCUGCAGCCUUAUAUUUUAUUCUCUCGUAUAACUUUAACCAAAACGCGUGUUUCCAGUAUUUGCUGUGAACAUAUUCAAACUGUGGAUCCUGUAUUUUUCUUGACUUAUUCUAAAAGAAAUACUGUGAAGACGUGUUUUUCCAGACGCUUCAGCCCGAAGCUGCUGCCGGUUCACUGAAGCGUCAGGUGGGUUUUAUAGUUAAAUGCUCCGACAGGAGAUUUUAAAACUGAAUAUCACAAAUUGAUUUUUUAGAGAAACGGAUGAAAACACAACCAAGAGUUUGAAGUAAAAAUCUGUUUCUAAAUAUUUGUCCGAACUUUUGAAGAAAAUUGUACAAAUGCUUUUGUUUGUGAUUGUGGUUCUUCAUGUGCCUCUUUAUGAUUUUGACUUGACAGCAGCUUAACUAUUUAUCUCUGACAAAAUCUUGUCUUUAAAUGAGUGAUUUAGUUUUUUAAAAAUCAAUUUGUUUUCUUGGCAAGAGAAGAGUGAAGCGACUCUUCUUUAUCCAGCAUAUAAUCCAUAAUCUGUCCGGGUUUUAUCAGAGUCUAACACAUGUUUUAAUUAGUGUUAACUUUUCUUGUCUUUAUGUUGAACUCAGCUGCUGGUUUUUCACUUCAUAUUAAACAUGAAGAUAUUUCGCGUGUUGUCAAACUUCUUUCUCCAAAUGUCCAAUGAAUCUUAUCUUUGUCCGGAAGUUCUUAUUGAUCCACAGCCUGUUUAAACUCUGUUGAACCAGCAGAGAUUUUCAUGCCUUAAGUGUCUCUGCACAAAGUGACGUGUGUUUCUUCCUCUGAAUAAAAUCAUGUUUUAAAGUUGA